CCCACUCCACGCCCAUCUCUGGAUGCCGCCGACGGGUGCCCGGCCCGUGCCCCGCGCCUGCCUACCGGAUCGGCCCCUCGGAACAGUUCUGGGCCGGGGGUGGGGGCCUGGACCCCGCCCCUGAUGAAGCUCCACCCCCGCGCCCAGGCCUCGCUCCGCUGACUGCUCCGGCCGGCCCCGCCCCCUGCCCGCCCCCUUGCCCGGGCGACCCCUCUCCCCCGCUGGGGGAGGCCAUGGCGUGAGCUCGAGGCCGGGCCCCGGGGCCCUCGGGCGCCAGGCGGGGCAUGGGCCGGCGGCCGCCCCCAUGAGGGUCCCGGGAGGGGGGCGCGCGCAUCAGCGGCGGGGCCAUGGGGUCGCAGGUAUUGCAGAUCCUGCGCCAGGGGGUGUGGGCCUCGCUCACCGGCGGUUGGUUCUUCGACCCGCACCAGAGCACCUUCUCCAACUGCUUCCACCUUUAUGUCUGGAUCUUCCUGCUCACCUUUCCCUUCUUGCUGUACAUGGUCCUGCCCCCCAGCUUGAUGGUGGCCGGUGUGUACUGCCUUGUGGUGGCUGUCAUGUUCGCUACUAUCAAGACUGUGAACUAUCGGCUGCAUGCUAUGUUCGACCAGGGCGAGAUCGUGGAGAAGCGCAACUCUACCAUGGGGGAGCCGGAAGAAGAGCCUGCACAGGGGGACAGCAGUUUGCCCAGGGACCCCGGAGUGGAGAUGACAGUGUUUCGGAAAGUGAGUUCUACACCGCCGGUACGCUGUAGCUCCCAGCAUUCCGUGUUUGGCUUCAAUCAGGUCUCGGAGCUGCUGCCCCGGAUGGAGGACUCCGGGCCCCUCAGAGACAUCAAGGAGCUGGUUCGGGAGCAGGGCAGCAACAACGUGAUCGUGACCUCGGCUGAUCGAGAGAUGCUGAAGUUAAGCUCACAGGAGAAACUGAUUGGAGACCUUCCCCAGACACCCCCGGGGGCUGCCCCAGACCCCUCUCUCCCCAGCACAGACUCUUCAGAACGUUCUCCCCUGGCUGGGGAUGGAGCCCCCUGGAGGGGGAGCAGUGUGGCCGAUACUCCCAUGAGCCCCCUUCUGAAGGGGAGCCUCAGCCAGGAGCUGAGCAAGAGCUUCCUGACCCUGACCCGGCCUGACCGGGCCCUGGUGAGGACCAGCAGUCGACGGGAACAACGCCGGGCAGCAGGCGGCUACCAGCCCCUGGACAGGCGGGGCUCUGGGGAGCCCACACCCCAGAAAGCCGGCUCCUCGGAUUCCUGCUUCAGUGGCACUGACAGGGAGACGCUGAGCAGCUUCAAGAGUGAGAAAACCAACUCCACCCACCUGGACAGCCCCCCUGGGGGGCAAGCCCCGGAGGGCAGCGACACAGACCCACCCUCUGAGGCUGAGCUGCCUGCGUCACCAGAUGCUGGAGUCCCCUCAGAUGACACCCUGCGUUCCUUUGACACGGUCAUAGGAGCAGGGACGCCACCGGGCCCAGCCGAGCCGCUCCUGGUCGUGCGGCCCAAGGACUUGGCCUUGUUGCGGCCCAGCAAACGGCGGCCACCCAUGCGAAGACACUCCCCACCUGGCCGUGCCCCUCGGCGGCCCCUGCUUGAAGGCGGGGGCUUCUUUGAGGACGAAGACACCAGCGAGGGCAGCGAACUGAGCCCGGCCUCCAGCCUCCGAUCUCAGCGCCGCUACAGUACCGACAGCUCUUCUUCUACUUCCUGCUAUUCCCCCGAGAGCUCCCGUGGUGCAGCAGGGAGACCCCGGAAGCGACGGGCCCCCCAUGGGGCUGAGGAGGGGACGGCUGUGCCCCCCAAGCGGCCCUAUGGGACCCAGCGGACGCCUAGUACCGCCAGCGCCAAAACGCAUGCCCGAGUGCUGAGCAUGGAUGGGGCAGGGGGCGAUGUCCUCAGGGCCCCCCUGGCUGGCUCCAAGGCUGAGCUGGAGGCCCAGGCGGGGGUGGAGCUGGCUGCUGGGGAGCCCGCUCUGCUGCCUGCUGAGGCCCACAGGGGACCUGCCGCCAACCAGCCCGGCUGGCGGGGGGAGCUGCAAGAGGAAGGUGCUGUGGGGGGAGCGGCCGAGGAGACCGGCAAGCGGGACCGCACAAGCAGUGUGAGGCGCACUCAGGCGAUCCGCAGGCGCCACAAUGCGGGAAGCAACCCCACCCCUCCAGCCUCUGUUAUGGGCUCGCCGCCCAGCAGCCUGCAGGAAGCUCAGCGGGGCCGGGCCGCCUCUCACUCCCGGGCGCUGACGCUGCCCUCCGCCCUGCACUUUGCUUCCUCGCUGCUGCUCACCCGGGCCGGCGCCACCGUUCACGAGGCCUGCACCUUUGAUGACACCUCCGAGGGCGCCGUGCACUACUUCUACGACGAGAGCGGCGUGCGGCGUUCCUACACCUUUGGCCUGGCUGGAGGCGGCUACGAGAACCCUGUGGGGCAACAGGGGGAGCAGGCAGCCAAUGGAGCUUGGGACCGCCACUCACACUCCUCCAGUUUCCAUUCGGCUGAUGUCCCUGAGGCGGCAGGUGGCCUGAACCUGCUGCAGCCAAGGCCAGUGGUUCUGCAGGGUAUGCAGGUGCGCCGCGUGCCCCUGGAGAUCCCAGAGUUUGACCUGCUGGACCAGGACUCCCUGCACGAAUCCCAGGAGCAGACGCUGAUGGAGGAGGCACCACCUCGUGCCCAGCACAGCUACAAGUACUGGCUUCUUCCUGGCCGCUGGACGUCUGUGCGCUAUGAGCGGCUGGCCCUCCUGGCCCUCCUGGACCGGACUCGGGGGCUGGUGGAGAACAUACUCGGCGUAGGCCUGAGCAGCCUCGUUGCCUUCUUGGGCUACCUGCUGCUGCUUAAGGGCUUCUUCACGGAUAUCUGGGUCUUCCAGUUCUGCUUGGUCAUUGCCUCCUGCCAGUAUUCCCUGCUGAAGAGUGUCCAGCCUGAUGCGGCAUCUCCCAUGCACGGCCACAACUGGGUGAUUGCAUAUAGCCGGCCCGUCUACUUCUGUAUCUGCUGUCUGCUCAUCUGGCUGCUGGACGCCCUGGGCUCAGCUCAGCCCUUCCCACCCGUCUCCCUGUACGGCCUCACGCUCUUCUCCGCCUCCUUCUUCUUCUGUGCCCGGGACGUGGCCACUGUGUUCACCUUGUGCUUCCCGUUCGUCUUCCUCCUGGGCCUCCUGCCCCAGGUCAACACUUGCCUCAUGUACCUGCUGGAGCAGAUAGAUAUGCACGGCUUUGGGGGUACAGCCGCCACCAGCCCGCUCACUGCCGUCUUUAGCCUCUCCCGCAGCCUGUUGGCUGCUGCCCUGCUCUACGGCUUCUGCCUUGGGGCCAUCAAGACUCCUUGGCCGGAGCAGCACGUCCCUGUCCUCUUCUCGGUCUUCUGUGGCCUCCUGGUGGCCCUGUCCUACCACCUGAGCCGUCAGAGCAGUGACCCCACCGUGCUCUGGUCUCUGAUUCGGAGCAAGCUCUUCCCCGAGCUGGAGGAGCGGAGCUUGGAGACGGCUCGGGCCGAGCCCCCAGACCCACUGCCAGACAAGAUGCGCCAGUCGGUGCGUGAGGUCCUGCACUCUGACCUGGUGAUGUGUGUGGUGAUCGCCGUGCUCACCUUUGCCAUCAGCGCCAGCACCGUCUUCAUCGCCCUGAAGUCGGUGCUGGGGUUCGUACUGUACGCACUGGCUGGGGCCGUGGGCUUCUUCACGCAUUACCUGCUGCCGCAACUCCGCAAACAGCUGCCCUGGUUCUGCCUGUCGCAGCCUGUGCUGAAGCCGUUGGAGUACAGCCAGUAUGAAGUUCGAGGCGCUGCCCAGGUGAUGUGGUUUGAGAAGCUGUAUGCCAGCCUGCAGUGCAUCGAGAAGUACCUCAUCUACCCCGCCGUGGUGCUCAAUGCCCUCACGGUGGACGCCCAUGCUGUCGUCAGCCACCCGGACAAGUUCUGCCUCUACUGCCGGGCGCUGCUGAUGACCGUGGCUGGGCUGAAGCUGUUGCGCUCAGCCUUCUGCUGCCCGCCCCAGCAGUACCUGACCUUGGCCUUCACUGUUCUGCUCUUCCACUUCGACUACCCACGCCUCUCCCAGGGCUUUUUGCUUGACUACUUCCUCAUGUCUCUGCUCUGCAGCAAGCUGUGGGACCUGCUGUACAAGCUGCGUUUUGUGCUGACCUACAUCGCGCCCUGGCAGAUCACCUGGGGCUCGGCUUUCCACGCUUUUGCCCAGCCCUUUGCCGUGCCACACUCGGCCAUGCUGUUCGUUCAGGCCCUGCUCUCGGCACUUUUCUCCACGCCACUUAACCCCCUGCUGGGCAGUGCCGUCUUCAUCAUGUCCUACGCGCGGCCCCUCAAGUUCUGGGAGCGCGACUACAACACUAAACGUGUGGAUCAUUCCAACACCCGCCUGGUCACCCAGCUAGAUCGGAACCCAGGCGCUGACGACAACAACCUCAACUCCAUCUUCUACGAGCACUUGACGCGCUCGCUGCAGCACACGCUGUGUGGGGACCUGGUGCUGGGCCGCUGGGGCAACUACGGCCCCGGCGACUGCUUCGUCCUGGCCUCUGACUACCUCAACGCCCUGGUGCACCUCAUCGAGGUUGGCAAUGGCCUCGUCACCUUCCAGCUGCGUGGCCUUGAGUUCCGGGGUACCUACUGCCAGCAGCGCGAGGUAGAGGCCAUCACGGAGGGCGUGGAGGAGGAUGAGGGCUGCUGCUGCUGUGAGCCUGGCCACCUGCCACGGGUCCUGUCCUUCAAUGCCGCCUUUGGGCAGCGCUGGCUGGCCUGGGAGGUGACGGCCAGCAAGUACGUCCUGGAGGGCUACAGCAUCAGCGACAAUAACGCCGCCUCCAUGCUGCAGGUGUUUGACCUCCGCAAGAUCCUCAUCACUUACUACGUCAAGAGCAUCAUCUACUACGUCAGCCGCUCACCGAAGCUGGAGGCGUGGCUGAGCCACGAGGGCAUUGCGGCAGCCCUGCGGCCCGUGAGGGCGCCGGGCUACGCCGACUCGGACCCCACCUUCUCACUGAGCGUGGAUGAGGACUAUGACCUCCGCCUCUCCGGCCUCUCACUGCCCUCCUUCUGCGCGGUGCACCUCGAGUGGAUCCAGUACUGCGCCUCCCGGCGCAGCCAGGUCCGGCCACCACGACCCUGGGGCUGCCUCCCUCCCUCGCCCCACCGGUUCUCCCUUCCCCGUGCGAGUCCCUCUUGCUCUCAGCCUCCCUUGGCCCGGGCCCUGCCCCCCGCCCCGAAUUCCCUGUCCUGGCCUGAGCUGGGCUCUGGGGACGGGGUCCUUGUGCCGCAGCCCGUGGACCAGGAUUGGAACUCGCCGCUGGUCACGCUGUGUUUUGGCCUGUGCGUGCUGGGCCGGCGGGCCUUGGGGACUGCCUCGCACAGCAUGUCUGCCAGCCUGGAGCCCUUCCUGUACGGCCUGCACGCCCUGUUCAAGGGGGACUUCCGCAUCACCUCCCCACGCGACGAGUGGGUCUUUGCUGACAUGGACCUACUUCAUCGUGUGGUGGCGCCUGGAGUUCGCAUGGCCCUCAAGCUCCACCAGGAUCACUUCACGUCCCCAGAUGAGUAUGAGGAGCCCGCCGCCUUGUACGACGCCAUCGCAGCCAACGAGGAGCGGCUGGUCAUCUCGCACGAGGGCGACCCAGCCUGGCGCAGCGCCAUCCUCAGCAACACGCCCUCGCUGCUGGCUCUGCGUCACGUCCUGGACGACGCCUCCGACGAGUACAAGAUCAUCAUGCUUAACCGGCGCCACCUCAGCUUCCGAGUCAUCAAGGUGAACCGCGAGUGCGUUCGCGGCCUGUGGGCCGGGCAGCAGCAGGAGCUGGUGUUUUUGCGCAACCGCAACCCCGAACGCGGUAGCAUCCAGAACGCCAAGCAGGCCCUCCGCAACAUGAUCAAUUCUUCCUGUGACCAGCCACUGGGCUACCCCAUCUAUGUGUCCCCCCUCACCACCUCGCUGGCCGGCAGCCACCCCCAGCUGCGGGCACUGUGGGGUGGCCCUGUCAGCCUGAGUGCCAUUGCCCGCUGGCUUCUGCACAGCUGGGAGAGGCUUCAUAAGGGCUGUGGCGCCGGCUGCAACAGUGGCGGGAACGUGGAUGACUCGGACUGUGGCGGAGGCGGUGGCUUGGGCUCCCUCAGCAAUAACCCCCCCUUGGCACACCCCACACCUGAGAACACAGCAGGCAGUGGAGACCAGCCCCUCCCUCCGGGUCCAGGCUGGGGCCCUCGGCCUUCCCUGAGCGGCUCUGGUGACGGGCGCCCCCCUCCUCUGCUGCAGUGGCCGCCCCCUCGGCUCCCUGGACCAACCCCUUCUUCUCCCGCCCCCACUGAGGGUCCCCGGCCCUCAAGAACCCCUGGCCCCGGUCUCCUCAGUUCUGAGGGUCCCAGCGGGAAGUGGACCCUGGGGGGUCGGAAGGGGCUGGGGGGAUCUGAGGCAGAGCCAGCCUCAGGGAGCCCCAAAGGAGGCACCCCCAAAUCUCAGGCGCCCCUAGACCUCAGCCUCAGCCCGGAUAUCAGCACCAAUGCCUCCUCGCCCGCCAGAGCAGCCCAGGACAUUCCUUGCUUGGACAGCAGUGCUCCUGAAAGUGGCACACCCACUGGGAUCCUGGGUGACUGGCCUGCCCCUGCGGAGGAGCGUGAGAGCCCGGCUGCCCAGCCCCUGCUGGAGCAUCAGUACUGAGUGGCCUGGUACCCUCUGGAUCCCAGCCCUAGGAUUCAGUAACUUGGAUCCCUGGUCUCUGGCCCUCUACUGGACCACAGAACUGAGUGGCUUUGGCUUCCACAUCUGAACCCUGACCUCUGGCUGCCUUAGCCAGCGUACCGGAACUAAGUGGCCCAGACCUCCGGCCUUGAUCCCUGAUCUCUCAUCCCUAGUCGAGGGCCUGGGCUCCCUAAACUGAGGCAGGCAGCCUCCCAGCCAGGCCCUAGAAGUCAAACCCAUGGGCUGGUCCCGUUUCGAGCCCGUGGCCAGGACUGUCUUGGCCCCUGGGCCUGCACUGCCUGCAGGGGCAGCCCCUUGGCCUGGACCAGGGGCUGAAAUGUGGGAAGGGUGGUUUCUUUUUUUCUUUUCUUUCUUUUUUUUUUUCUUUUUUUUUUUUUUUUUUUUUUUUUUUUUUUUUUUUUUUUUUCGUGCUUCAGAGACACCAGAAUUAAUAACACUAUUUUUGAUUUUG